CAUUCACCGCAACAACACACAACGGCAGAGACCAAGAAGCCGUGACCGUGGGAGAGCUCCGAGCGCCAGCCGCGUGCGGCGUGUCCAUACUCCAUACACGAAGAGGAACAGUCGAACAGAGGAAGAGCAGGAGGAGAUGUACUUCCGUCCGCCGCCCAAGGGCCCAGAGUGGUACGCCAGCGAUGCGGAGACGGGGCAGGCGGCGCGGCCGCUGUACCCAAUGAUGCUGGAGGACCCGCGUCUGCGGUGGGCCUUCAUCCGGAAGGUCUACAGCAUCCUCUCCAUCCAGAUGCUGCUCACCGUCGCCGUCGCUGCCGUCGUCGUGUACGUUCGCCCCGUCGCGCUCUUCUUCGUCUCCACGCCCGGCGGGUUCGGGCUCUACAUCUUCCUCCUCAUCCUCCCGUUCAUAGUGCUUUGCCCUCUGUACUACUACUACCAGCACCACCCGGUGAACCUGCUGCUGCUCGGCCUCUUCACCGUGGCCAUCAGCUUCGCCGUCGGCCUCACCUGCGCCUUCACCAAAGGGGAGGUGAUCCUCGAGUCGGCGGUCCUCACGGCGGCGGUGGUGCUGAGCCUCACGGCGUACACGUUCUGGGCGGCGAAGCGCGGCCACGACUUCAGCUUCCUGGGCCCGUUCCUGUUCGCCGCCGUCAUGAUCCUCAUGCUGUUCGCGCUCAUCCAGCUCUUCUUCCCGCUCGGCCGCAUCUCGCUCAUGAUAUACGGGGGACUGGCGGCGCUCGUCUUCUGCGGCUACAUCAUCUACGACACCGACAACCUCAUCAAGCGCUACUCCUACGACGAGUACGUCUGGGCCGCCGUCGCGCUCUACCUCGACGUCAUCAACCUCUUCCUCUCCCUCCUCACGCUCUUCCGGGCGGCGGAUUCGUGAGCACGGCUACCUGCCAGCUCGCGUAGGCGCGGCGACAGGAUCUUGGAAUGUGCCUUGCCUUGCCCCGCCUCCGGUGCUGUCUGCCGAAAUUCCUCUGUAAAAAGACUAAAGAGAAAUAAUUGUUUUGGUUUUGUGCUUUGCUUCGCUUGCGAAGAUUGUUCAAC